ACCACAACUCCCGACAUGCCCCUCGUGGGGAGCUCCCAGCGUGCUCCUCGCGGGGAUUCCCUCCACGUCACAGCCAAGCAAGGCUAUAUAUGGAAGACGCCGUGACCGGCUUCUCAUCUCAGUCAUCGUUUCUUCCUCACAGAGAAAUAAUAAAACUGUUAAACGUCUCACCUUGUUCGUCUCCUUCAUCCAGUCUGAUCAGCCUGACACUUGGUGUGGAUGUGUGUGUGUAGGUGGAUGUUGGUGUACGUAUGUCUGCUCUGUUUUUUCAAUCCCCAGUGAGUCAUGGCAGAUGGCUGCUUAUAUUGACUCAGGAUCCUCUGUUAAAAGGGAGUUUUCCUCUCCACUGUUGCUGCAUGCUUGCUCAGUAUGAGGAUUGCUGUAAAGACUCUGACACUAGUCAGUGACUCGAUGCAAUCUGCAGGGUUCCUUAUAUAGGAAACAUUUUACAGAUUGGCUUAAUGACCUGAACUGUAUUGGAAUGUUUACUUUGUGAAGACCCCUGAGACAACUCUUGUCGUGAUUUGAUGCUAUAUAUAUAGUAAAAAAAGAUAAGUGAAGGACAGUAUUUUCCAUUUUUGAAGAGGUAGAACAAGAGUCAAUGCUCUCAAGGUUUACAGAGAGUCUGCUAGAGGAGCAGCGGGUCUACUCUGAGCCCCUCCCAGUGAGACACCAAUGAACCUAACAUGCAUGUUUCUGGUUUGUGGGAAGAAACUGUAGUAUUAAGAGAAAACCUGCAUAGAGAGAACAUGCUAACCCCACACAAAAAGAUGAGAAAAAACAGGUUUAUUUAUAGCACAUUUUCUACACAAAGGCAAAUCAAUGUGCUUUACAGCAAGCAGAAAGGCCACAGCCGGGAUUCAAACCUGCACCCAUUUUGAUGAGAGGCAGUAGUGCAGCCACCUGAGCCACUGUGCAUCUGUUCUUAAAGUAAUUUUAUAAAUAAGUCAUUUGAACUAUUUCUACUUUUUCUGCCCCCAUAAUACUCCUCAAGAAAUCUUGGUAUUUAUUCAUGUCAUCUCAAAAGAAAAAACAAAACAAAACAGGAACUAUCUGAGCUACAAAUUACAGAACAAGGAUGUUUUACAUUAGUUGGUCACUCUUUACUCUGACAACAUGUGCACUGGAAAAUGCUCCCUCUGCAUUGCCAUAAGUCUGUACCCACUGGUGCUUAUGUCCAUCCUCUGCAACACUCUACUGUUCUUUCCAGGCUGGAGUGUCAAGUAUGUCCAGGAAGAUCACAUCACCCAGGAGGUGAAAUACAUGGGGGGCAUCAUCGGAGGAGGCGUCAUGGUGCUGAUCACAGCCUUUUACGUUCACCUGAUUGGAGAACGGGGAUGCUGUGGAAAUCGUUUGGGGAUGUUCUUCUCCAUCGUAUUUGCUGCUGUGGGUGUGGCGGGAGCCGUGUACAGUUUCAUUGUGGCGCUGGUCGGCUUGUCUUCUGGCCCUCUUUGCUUCACUGAUGAAGGGAAAUGGGACACGCCUUUCAGUAAUAGCGACCUGAGUUACGUGACUAACCAUGCCACAUGGACUCAGUGCAAAGAGCCAAAAGAAGUUGUCCAGUUCAACAUAGGACUGUUCAUCAGCCUGGCAGUAGCCAGCGUUCUGCAGGCCCUGCUCUGUGCCGCUCAGGUCAUCAACGGCAUCUUUGGAUGCAUCUGUGGAACCUGCAACAAACAGGAAGCAUGAUAGCAUGUGGAGGAGAGGCGUGAAAAGACAAUCCCCUGCUGGAAAGUUGAGAUGGUUUCAGCUUUCAUGUUUCUAAUCAUCACAGUGUAUUACUAUAAUGCUUGAUAACGAGUUUUUCUGCAUUGCAAAUAAUCUGUUCAAAUAGGAUUAAUGCAAAAUAAACUGGUUUAACAUAUGCAGUCAUUGGUUAAAUUCAUUUCCCCAAACAAAUAUUCAUUUUUAAAGCUGAGUGAGAAAAUGUCUUUCAAAUUGUUCUUUUUUUAUUAAGUUGGUUUCAACAAAUUUAGUCAAAAUUUAGUAAGUAUUUUCUUAUGAAAUGAGAUGUUUUUUUCUUCUGCAGCUUCUGCACACUGGUGCUUGAUAAACCGAGUUCAGACUGACACAUCACAGGUUUAUCACUAAUAGUGAUAUUAAACAGAUUAAACAGUGCCAUCAAGUGGGCCAGUUGUAAAAUGUGUCCAAGAACCGGAGAUAAAACAAGUUCUGGUUCGGAGCAAGAGUUUAUAAAGAAGUUAGCGAGAUCCAGCUUUUAUUUUGGUAACCAACUUCCGCUUAUUGGCAAGCGAAUUUGCAUAUUAGCUAAAUGUUUAAGUACCAGCUAAAUAUUUAUUUUCCACGAUGUUAUUUAGCUCCACACUAUAUUUUAUAUUUUUGGGUCAGACUUAAAUAUUUAUUUCCCAAAUACUGAUUUUGCAAACUAAAUGU